GCAUGCAGCUCCCAAUCGCCAUCAUCCAACCAAAAACUCUGAAUCUCUGAAUCGAGUUACAACACUCACACGGCCCCUUUGCUUUUUUCAGAAAGAGGGAGAGAGAAGAGAGAUUUUCUAGAGAGAGAGAGUUUUUUGUUUAUUGGCCAUGGAGGAGCCGUCUGCACAUGAGGGGGACGUGGGCUGUACGACUGAGUCGUCAAGCUUUCUCCAUGGCGUUUCUCACACGGAUCUGAGAGAUGAAGACGAGGGCUCGGGAGAUCUGGAAGCCCUAGAUUUUCCUCGCGGGGCCUUUGCGGUGGUCCUCACCAUGGCCGCUGGGAUUGGAGGGUUCUUGUUCGGUUACGAUACAGGUGUUAUUUCUGGUGCACUUCUCUACAUACGGGAAGAUUUUGAGGCUGUAGACAAGAGCACUUUUCUACAGGAGACCAUUGUGAGCACUGCUUUAGUGGGAGCUGCUUUAGGUGCUGCUAUGGGAGGUAAAAUGUGUGACCAGUUUGGAAGAAAGGCAUGUAUGCUUUUCUCAGAUGUGGUGUUCAUGGCAGGUGCUUUGGUCAUGUCGGCUUCCCCAAGUGCCUCAUUAUUGAUAUGGGGCAGGUUUUUGGUUGGUCUUGGAAUUGGAUUUGCUUCAAUGGCAGCUCCUCUUUAUAUAGCAGAGACCUCACCUUCCAAUAUACGUGGAGCACUUGUGAGCAUGAAUAUUUUGAUGGUAACUGUUGGCCAAUUUAUUUCUUAUCUGAUCAACUAUGGUUUCACUAAGGUUCCUGGAACAUGGCGUUGGAUGUUAGGAGUAGCAGGUUUACCCGCACUAUUUCAAGCUGUGGUUUUCAUUUUCCUGCCUGAGUCACCAUAUUGGCUUAUUUCCCAAGGGAGGCUUGAUGAUGCAAUUCCUGUUUUGAGAAAGAUUCACUCUCCCCAAACUUGCAAGGCUGAGUUACAAGAAAUUUGCUCAUCCACAAAGGGUACCACUGUAACUACUGCAAGUGUCACUAUUUUUGAUGUUUUAUUUAGUAAAGAUACAAGGCUGGCCCUAAUUGCAGGAGUGGGCAUACAGGUUUUCCAGCAGCUCACGGGCAUAAAUACGGUGUUGUAUUACAGCCCAUCCAUCAUGGAACUUGCAGGAUACGCAUCUCAUGAAACAGCCUUAAAGCUCUCAUUGCUCGUGGCCCUUAUGAAUGCUCUUGGUACAAUUGCAGGCAUGUUACUAAUCGAUCGAUCUGGAAGAAGAAAACUCGCAAUUAGCAGCCUCAUUGGUGCAACAGGGGCCUUACUUCUGCUAUCACUGGCCUUUCAUUUAACCACCACAGAUUCACCCUCUAUCAACAAGUUAUCAGACUUUGGACCCGCUCUUCUCUGCCCUCAAAAUCAUUCUCCCAAGUAUACUUCCCAAAGAAUGACAUGCAUGGACUGUCUGCACGAGACAUGUGGGUUCUGUGCUUCAAUUCAAAACCAGAUGCAACCAGGAAAUUGUCUAAUCUACAAUUCAACAGCAGGUGCCACUUGUUUGGCGAGCUCUGGUCUUUGGUUUACUCAAGCCUGUCCUAGUAGACAUGGGUGGUUGGCUUUGGUUGGACUUAUUCUCUACAUAAUGGCAUUCUCCCCUGGAAUGGGGCCAGUCCCUUGGGCUGUGAACUCAGAGAUAUAUCCUGCACAUUUAAGAGGUGUCUGUGAGGGGAUUGCAGCAACAGCAAACUGGGUAGCCAAUUUAGCUGUUGCCCUCUCCUUUCUCUCUCUAGCUCAUAUAUUAGGAGCUUCAGGCACAUUCUUUUUGUUUGCGUGUAUGGCUUCCAUUGCUAUCCUUUUCGUUUAUCUUCUUGUUCCAGAAACUAAGGGUCUUUCAUUACAAGAGGUUGAGAAGAUGUGGGAAUCAGUGGCACAAAAUGAUCAUGGGUUUUCUGGUUUAUCUCUAAGAAACUUCAAUCAAGUGCAAGAUAAUGCAGGUGGUGUUCAAAUGCAAGAGUUUUAAGCUUGGUCAGUUUUAGAUUUUGGGGCAACAAGAGAGAUGUGAGAAAGUUUGGAAGAAAUGGUUGGAAUGGGGGAAUCUGCUAUAAUUUUCAUAAAGGUUCAUGGUUGCCACUUUAAAUGCUUGUGUUUUAUAUAUAUGGGCAUGUGAGAUGAACUUGUGAACCAUAGUGAGCUUGUGGGUGGUGUAAAAUGCAGGAGGUCAUGUAGAUGUCGAAGUGUUGGAGAGCAAGUGAUUCAUUGAUGGAGAAGUUCAGUGAGGCGGGGAAAAUAAUGAUGCAGUAGCACUGAGAUUCUUUUGUUUUGGUAUUUUUGCUUUGUUGUUGAUUCUGGCAAGUUCUUGUUGAGAAUAAAUCAAUUCUAUGCUAUGUUGAUGCUAAGGAAUAUGCAUUAGAGAUGCACUUUUACUUUUUGCACAAAAAUGAGAAAUUGUGCCUAAUAUGGAUGAUUUGA